UACACGUUAGCUUGAGGUUUUCUGUGCAGCUUUUCGUGAUGAAACCAGCGCGAGGGUCAGGAAGAACCUCCACACGGGGCCCCAGUGGAGCCGCAGACAGCAACACACACAACACACUUAAAACGUUUAAACCCAGAGCUGAAGGCCCACAUCCGGAGCCACCUAAGAAAAACAGCGUGAUCGCUGGAAAGAGUAAGAAUAAGGGGAAUUGGAAGCUGCUGACCAAAUCGUCCCUACUGGCUCUGGAGAACAUGCUUGGUUUGUCCGUUCUAUCUGUUCUGUCAUUGAAAAGCAAAGAAAAAGAAGAAUCGCAGAAGCAUCUCAAUCUCCUUAAAAAUCAGUUCCUGGCUAAGUGUGCACAGCUUUCUGUUCCUCCGAGGAAACAUGGAGACAUUAUGCAUGUGUCCCGUCAGUUCAAAGCAGAAAGUAAGAAGUCUGAGCACGGCAGGAAGACGCUUGAGGCUCUAGAGGAGAACAUGCGCUCAGUUGUUAGCACUCUUGAGGAGAUGGAGGUUCAGAUGGAUAGUUUGGAGGAGAAAUGCAGGAUAAUGAGAAGCAAACUAGAGGAUGAAGAAGAAAAGGCACAGGAGUUUCUCCAGCUGUCAGAACAGACGGUCCUGCGUCUUCCUGCUUUACUGUCUCGCCCAGCCAACGAGCCAACGCUACAGGAGCACCUCAUGAAGAUCGUGCCCAAUCCUCCAGCAGUGAUCAAAGCACUUCAGAUGGCUCCUGUCCUCGAGGAUGUGAGGACCUUUCUGGAGCUUGCACAUAAACAGGUGGAUGCAGUGCAAGCUGCUCAUAAUGACUGCUCAGCCAUGGACUGACUAUCACAGGACACACAAACGACAGCUGAUAACCAAAGUAACUGCUUAUUUAUUUAAUAAUAAUACGUUUGCAUAGAGGACUAGGCACAGAAUUUACAUUCAUUUUAAGCAUUAAUGCAGCAAUAUCAAGACAAGUACUGGAAUUCAAUUUUCACUUUAAGAUUUAUCAUUAAUGGGAACCUUUCUGCUGUCUGUAAAGAUUCUAUAUAAUUGAUCAACUUCUUCAUCUUAAUCUUUAAGAUGACGAUAUUUCAUGUUUGGUUUCUUUCAACUGGGUAAUGAUCUGGGUGAAAAAAAUGUAUGUAGGGCACAUUUCUACUACAUAAGAUGUAAGAGAACAAACUUUAUGCUUAAUUUAAGCCUGUAACUGUCACAGGAAGGAAAGCCUUUCAUUUGCUGUAAGGCUCCUAAAAUGAAAGUGCUACAUAA